GGCGGGAGGGCGGAGCCCGGGCCGCCGCGGGUGCCGGGGGACGCUCGGCGGCGCGGGACUCGGGUCGCGCGGGUCUGGGGCUCCCGGCGGCGACGCGGGCGGCGGGCCGCCUCCCAGCGGGGGGAAGGGCCUCCGUGCGCCGGCGUCGCGCGGGGUGAGGCCGGGCGCCCAGGAGGUGGGGCCGGGAGGCCUGCGGGCUGCCCUGCCGGGCCUAGCCUGUCACGUUGCUAGGGUAUUCAUUUUCCAUAUGAAGACACUGAGGCACGGAGAGGCUGACGUCACAUCAGAAGGUGCAUGGAGGUCUGUGUUAGAGCUGAAGCCCCCCUCUCUCUCCUGUCUCACAAUCUGGUCCGUCUCAAAAAGCCGCGCUGCAGUCUCAGGGAUGGGCUCAUCUCCCUCUUUCCCAGAACCUUGCUGUAAUCAGCAGACCAGCCUGGUGCGUGGAGAAAACCAGGGCUGCAAGUUGGCAUUUGCCUUCCCUGUGGCUGGCAGAUGGGCUUUCUGUGACCAGAACCUGUUUUGUGGACAAAUCUGAUUCUGAAAUAGGCUUGCCGAGAUGCCCGUCGUGGUAGGAGACAUCAUGAAGCUGCUCUGCUCCAUUUCCGAGGAAAGGAAAAUGAAGGCGGCCGUCAAGCACUCUGGGAGGGGCGCCCUGGUCACAGGGGCCGUGGCCUUCGUCGGGGGCCUGGUUGGAGGCCCACCCGGACUAGCUGUUGGGGGGGCCGUCGGGGGUCUAUUAGGUGCAUGGAUGACAAGCGGACAGUUUAAGCCAAUUCCUCAGAUCCUAAUGGAGCUGCCACCCUCUGAGCAGCAAAAGCUCUUUAAUCAAGCCACCGCCAUCGUCAGGCACCUGGAGUGGAUGGACGCCGUGCAGCUGACCACGCUGGUCAUGGGCAGUGAGGCCCUGCAGCAGCAGCUGCUGGCGAUGCUGGUGAACUAUGUCACCAAGGAGCUCCAGGCCGAAGUUCAGUACGAUGACUAGGUCGUUCCUCCUGGGACGCAGGGGUCUCGUGUACGUGAUUCAGACCCACAGAAGGGGACAGGGGGUUUGGGAAAGCCCCACAUCAUCAGUGUGUUACCUUGCGUGGAAUGAAAGCUGCUGGAGAGGUUACUGCGGCGCGGUAUCAUGCUCUGGAGAUUAUUUAUGAAGAUGUCGUGUUUUGGGGUCGUGUGCACUAAUAUGCACUGACCACCCUGUGGCUGGAAGGCUGGUGAAGAGCGACAUCAGUGACAGCUUUCCGGGUCCACUAUUACUCACAAGGCAGUGUGGCGGAAGGCCCUUGUGUUCCACCUCCCCACCUGUGAAGGAGUCCUGUCCUAAGCACCUGUUAGAGGACGCCUGUCCUAAGCACCUGUUAAGGGACCUGUUCCUCCCCUGGGGCCCUGGGUCUCAGGACCUGGGAGCUGGCCCAUGAGGGAAUCACAUUUCCCUCAUGUGCCCCUUCCCUGGCCAGUGACUUCCAAGUGUCCCUUCCAUGGAGGGGCGGUCGGCAUGUUGAGUGAAGCCACAACAUCAAGGCCCCCAGCCCUUCUCCCACGUGGCAUACCUGGGCUCUCACCGUCCCAGGGGCUUACUCUCCCCAUCUGAAAAGUCGUGGUAGUUCUUGAGGUUUGCUUUUCAAAUUAAGUACUUUCAGUAAAAAGUGUUGCUCUUUCUGAAUUGAUAGAAUCUAGGAAAUGCGUCCACCCUAAAUUCUCCCUUAAUACUAUAUUCACUUUGUUUUCGGAACCGUAACUUGACUAGGUGUUAUCAAAUUGCAAUAAAUGUUUUCUGAACAGGC